AGGGAGGGUUGGGGGAAGUGUGGAAAAGCAGAACCUGAGCUGCCGCCGCCUGAGGCUGAUUUGGUGGGAGAAGUAGAGGAGGAAACUGGUGGAGGGGUGAGGUGAGGAGGGCAUCUGGGUCGCUGCUCCCGGGCUGCAUAAAGUUCUUCGCGAUGUGGCUGAAGCCGGAGGAAGUGCUCCUGAAAAAUGCGCUGAAGCUGUGGCUGAUGGAAAGGUCCAAUGACUACUUCGUGCUGCAGCGGCGUCGGGGCUACCAGGAGGAAGGCGGCGGGGGGCUCACAGGGCUUCUGGUUGGGACUCUUGAUUCAGUCUUAGACUCUACUGCUAAAGUAGCUCCAUUCCGCAUCCUACACCAGACACCAGAUUCUCAAGUUUACCUGUCAAUUGCAUGUGGAGCCAACAGAGAAGAAAUAACGAAACAUUGGGAAUGGUUAGAACAAAAUAUCAUGAAGACCUUAUCUGUGUUUGAUUCGAAUGAAGAUAUUACUAAUUUUGUACAAGGAAAGAUAAGAGGAUUAAUUGCUGAAGAGGGAAAACAUUCUUUUGCAAAAGAAGAUGAUCCUGAGAAAUUUCGAGAAGCCCUUUUGAAAUUUGAAAAAUGUUUUGGUUUACCAGAGCAGGAAAAGUUAGUGACCUAUUACUCGUGCAGUUAUUGGAAAGGACGGGUUCCUUGUCAGGGCUGGCUAUAUCUUAGCACCAACUUUCUGAGCUUCUAUUCUUUUUUGUUGGGAUCAGAAAUAAAACUCAUUAUCUCCUGGGAUGCGGUCUCAAAACUUGAAAAGACUUCAAAUGUUAUACUAACAGAGAGUAUUUGUGUGUGUUCCCAAGGGGAGAAUCACUACUUUUCAAUGUUUUUGCAUAUUAACCAAACAUACCUUCUUAUGGAACAGUUGGCAAGCUAUGCUAUAAAAAGAAUUUUUGAUAAGGAAACAUUUGAUAAUGACCCAGUCCUUGAUGAUCCUCUACAAAUUACUAAAAGAGGUCUGGAAAAUCGAGCCCACAGUGAGCAGUUUAAUGCUUUUUUUAGGCUGCCCAAAGAAGAGACUUUGAAAGAAGUACAUGAAUGUUUCUUGUGGGUACCAUUCAGCCACUUCAACACUCAUGGAAAAAUGUGCAUCUCAGAAAACUAUAUCUGCUUUGCUAGCCAGGAUGGCAAUCUAUGUAGUGUAAUCAUUCCAUUACGAGAGGUCUUAGCUAUAGAUAAGACAAAUGAUUCCAGCAAAUCUGUCAUCAUUAGCAUCAAAGGAAAAACAGCUUUUCGCUUCAGUGAAGUUAAAGAAUUUGAGCAAUUGGUGGCAAAACUCAGGCUCAAGUGCGGGGCAGCUUCAACUCAAUAUCACGAUAUUAGCACAGAGGUUCCUAUUAGUUCUGAGUCUGUAGACACAUCUGAUGAUAUUGAGGUACAAUCUUUGACAUGUCAGAGAGAAUGCAGCAAAACUGUGAACACCGAAGCCUUAAUGACAGUAUUUCACCCUCAGGAUUUGGACACUCUUAAUUCCAAAAUGUUGAAAGAAAAGAUGAAGGAACAGUCCUGGAACAUCCUAUUUGCAGAAUGUGGGCGUGGUGUUAGCAUGUUUCGGACCAAAAAGACUCGAGACCUGGUUGUAAGAGGGAUUCCAGAGACCUUAAGAGGAGAGCUCUGGAUGCUUUUUUCAGGUGCUGUUAAUGACAUGGCUGCUAAUCCUGGCUAUUAUGCUGAAGUGGUUGAGCAGUCCUUAGGGACCUGCAAUUUGGCCACUGAAGAAAUUGAACGUGAUUUGCGUCGCUCCCUGCCUGAGCAUCCAGCCUUUCAGAGUGACACUGGCAUAUCUGCUCUGAGGCGGGUACUCACUGCUUAUGCAUUCAGGAAUCCCAAAAUUGGAUACUGCCAGGCAAUGAACAUUUUGACUUCAGUGUUGCUUCUGUAUGCAAAAGAGGAAGAAGCUUUUUGGCUUCUGGUUGCUGUGUGUGAACGAAUGUUACCUGAUUAUUUUAAUCGUCGAAUCAUUGGUGCCUUGGUGGAUCAGGCAGUCUUUGAAGAACUUAUCAGAGAUCACCUUCCCCAGCUGACCGAACAUAUGACUGAUAUGACAUUCUUUUCCUCAGUUUCUCUGUCAUGGUUCCUCACACUUUUUAUUAGUGUGCUACCUAUUGAAAGUGCCGUGAAUGUGGUAGACUGCUUCUUCUAUGAUGGAAUAAAAGCCAUUUUACAACUGGGAUUGGCAAUACUUGACUAUAAUUUAGACAAACUGCUGGCAUGUAAAGAUGAUGCUGAAGCCGUCACAGCUUUAAACAGGUUCUUUGACAAUGUCACUAAUAAGGAUAGUCCAUUGCCUUCAAGUGUGCAGCAGGGUUCAAAUGUAAGUGAUGAAAAAAGCAGUCAUAUUAGAGUGGAUAUUACAGAUUUGAUUAGAGAGUCAAAUGAGAAAUAUGGGAAUAUUCGCUGUGAAGAUAUACACGGCAUGCGCUGUCGAAAUAGGUUGUAUGUGAUACAGACCCUAGAGGAAACGACAAAGCAGAAUGUGUUGCGAGUCGUAUCACAAGAUGUGAAAUUGAGCCUUCAUGAAUUGGAUGAACUUUAUGUCAUUUUUAAGAGAGAGUUGUUUUUUUCUUAUUAUUGGUGUUUGAGUUCUCCAGUAUUGAAGCACCAUGACCCCAGUCUGCCAUAUCUGGAACAGUAUCAGAUUGACUGCCAGCAGUUCAGAGUGUUAUAUCACUUGUUGAGUCCCUGGGCUCAUUCUGCAAACAGAGACUCACUAGCUUUAUGGACAUUCAGAUUGUUGGAUGAAAACUCCGACUGCCUUGUAAACUUCAAAGAAUUCGCCUCUGCAAUUGACAUAAUGUACAAUGGAAGUUUUACUGAGAAGCUUAAGCUGCUUUUUAAGCUGCAUAUUCCUCCAGCUUAUACUGAAGUGAAGUAUAAGGACCCUUCAAAGGGAGAUGAACUUUCCAAGGAAGAAUUACUUUAUUUCAGUCAGCUCCAUGUUUCCAAGCCUGUAAAGGAGAAGGAAACAGAGUCAGCUAAAAACAGCCCUGAAAAAGGGAAAGGAAAAGUUGAUAUUCAAGCAUAUCUAAGUCAAUGGCAAGAUGAGCUUUUAAAAAAAGAAGAAAACAUUAAGGACUUACCAAGAAUGAAUCAGUCACAAUUUAUUCAGUUUUCGAAGACACUGUAUAACUUAUUUCAUGGGGACCCUGAAGAAGAGUCAUUAUAUCAAGCCAUUGCUAUUGUAACCAGCCUUUUGCUCAGGAUGGAAGAAGUUGGAAGGAAGCUCCAUAGCCCUACAUCAUCAACCAAAGGAUUGUCUGGUGCAGUCUGUGCUUCUGGAGGACCCAGUGAAGGGCAAACAGAGAGCCACUUAAAGAAAGAUCCUUCCUCUCUCAGGGAAGAACUUCAGUGGUCAUUUGCAUUUGAACAGAUUCUUGCUUCUUUGUUGAAUGAACCAGCAUUGGUGAAGUUUUUUGAGAAACCCAUAGAUCUAAAAGCCAAACUAGCAAAUGCAAAAACCUCUCAGUUAAGUUCUAGAACCAAGAAGUAAAACUCUUUAACAGGAAUUGCUUAUUAUAGCAAGUUUACCAAGAUUCUUAUAGCUGUCAGCUUGAUUCCUGGGAGUAGGGGUCAGGGAUUUAUCUUGUUCCCAAUGUAUUUGAAGUUUAAAAAGAAGAUACUUGGAAGCACAAUGAUUCAUUCCUUUGAAGUAAUCUCUAAUUUUGAUAUUCUCUAAUACAAAUACACUUUUUAUAUUGCACAAGGUAUGCAAUAUCAGGGGGAGUAUGCUAAAUGUUACCACCAGAGGGCACCACCAUAUCACUUUUAGUAAGGAAAUUACUAGUUUGUGCUGCUAUUUACAUAUGAAUUACUGAUGAUUUUUGAAAAUGUGUUAUGUUUGAGUGUUAGUGAAGCUGACAUGUCAUUGAUAAAUCCUACUUUCCAAAUUGCCUCAGUCCUAUUAGAAUGCUUUAGAAAACGAGGCUCUUAGAUCUGUACCCUUAAUAGUAAAUGGUUUUUUAAAUAAAUUCUAACUUCUCCCUACCUGAGCAGUUCAGAAGCUGCUGACAGACUUCUAGGUCUGUUACUGAUAAAAAUAAAGAACUCAGAACUCUGGGCUGAUAUAAGGAAAAACGAUAUUGGAUUUGGAUUUGAGCUGGUUAAAGCCAGCCAAUUCAGAAGGGUUAAUAAACAGCACAAUUAACUGUGUCCAGGCCUCUCAUUAGACUGAGAAAUUGCUUGAAAUUCUGAGCACUGCUCUUUGUGGCAUUUAUCUCAGAGUAGCUCAUGACUGCUUUGGUUCUAGUUUUAGAUUUUGGAUUUUCACCAGUUAUAAGUUACAUUAGAUAGACUGAGUUAUUGUAUUAGUCUGGCAAGUUCAUAAAGUAUAUAGGCAUACCUCAUUUUAUUGUGCUUCACUUUAUUGCGCUUCAGAGAUACUACGUUUUUUUGGAUUUUGUGCUUUUUGGGUUUUUUUGGCUGGCCCGCGGCUUGGGGAUCUUAGUUCCCCUCAUGGAUUGAACCCGGGCCCUCGGCAGUGAAAGCGCAGAGUCCUUAACCCCUGGGUCGCCAGGGAAUUCCCACAGAUACUACAGUUUUGUUGAAAAUGAAGGCUUAUGGCAGGCAACCCUGCCUGAGCAAGUCUAUCAGUGCCAUUUUUCCAACAGCAUUUGCUCACUUUGCGUCUCUGUGUCACAUUUCGGUAAUUCUCGAAAUGUUUGGAAUUUUUUCAUUAUUAUUAUGUUUGUCAUGGUGAUCCGUGAUCAGUGAUCUUUGAUGUUACUAUUACGACUCACUGAAGGCUUAGAUGAUAACAGUUUUUAGCAAUAAAAUGUUUAAUUAAAGUAUGUACAUUGGUUUUUUAGACAUAAUGCUAUUGCACACUUAAUAGACUACACUGUAGAGUAAACAUAACUUUUGUAUGCCCUGGGAAACCAAAACAAUUCACGUGACUCGCUUUUUUGCAAUAUUUGCUUUUAUCGCCGUGAUCUGGAAUGAAACCUGCACCAUCCAAGGUAUGCCUGUACUUGUGCGUAAUGAUUGUUCAGAUAAUGUAUAGAAUUUUGGAAUCUGUCUAAAAAGUUGUAAUCUAUUUGAUUUAGAUGUGUAAUUUCUAUAUACUUUAUGCUGCUUGUAUUUCAGUCAUUACAGGGAAAGUUCACUUAGAGAUAAUGGGCUUUGUUAGCACUUUAAAGGAAAAAAAACCCACACCUAUCCAAUCUUCUGUGCUGUUUCUGAUAAGAGCAAUUUAUUAAUCAGUUGAUUUAAGCGCUUGUGGGGAGAAGUCAUCCAUCGGAGCUUCUUUCUUCACAAAAGGCUUUGGUUUUAAGCCUUUUGACUUUUCAGAUUUGAAACAUUGAAAGGGCAGACAUCCUUUAGAACAACCCAAGAAGUCUCCCUUUCUGGAAAAGAAUUGGUGUAGUCAGCCUUUGGCAAGAAUCCACUGUGAACAAAGCCUAACGCAGAGGGCUUCAUCAGGAUAUGUUAUUUUCAGAGAGAUUCAAGAAUUUUCAGGUUGACCCUUUGAAAAUUUUGUAAAUUGGGCUUGGCCAAAUACUUACUAGUAGUUUCUUUAAAAUGAUUUUGUCAACUUUGUCUUUUCAAGGAAGUUACCACUUAAAGAGGUAGCUGGUAAAUAAACAUCUGUGCCUUUUCUCAGAAAUGAUUUGCCUGAAACAUGUCCAAGUUUUAGAGUUUAGUUAAUAGUUUAUAUGUGAACUAUCACACAUCUGCUAUUAAGCAAUGAUUGUUAAAUUACACUACAGUAGCUCUCUAAAGACACAAGGCUCUAUGCUUAUAUACAAAGGCACUAUUGCACAUACUUUGUUGAAUGUUUUGUCAAUUGUAUUUACAAAAAAGAUACUUUCUUAAGAGCAUAUGUUAUUAAUAUUUGAUGAUUUUAAAAUCAGAAUAUUGGUUUACUUAGUAUUGUAUCUUAGCCUAGGUUAAUUAAAAUUGAAUACCUAAAGAGAUUUUUGAGCUGCAAAAAGAUUGUAAGUGCAAAUUCAAAAGACAAACAUUUAUUUUCUGAGUCUGCAGGGGAAAUAAACGGAGAACAUAGUUUUGUAGUUGCUACCUUGUUAGGCAAAUGGGUUGUUCUUAAUAUUUAAAAUCUUAUGUAGUUGUGUCACACUGAACCAGUGCAUUAUACCAUACACAUUAAAUUAAGUGUUAUAAGGUGGCUUUACUUGUCUUUAUAAAAAUAAAUGUUAUAAAUCUGUUAAAUAAAUAUGAAAAAAUAGC